AUGCUUAAGACUGGGGAAUUCGGUUGCAACAUCGUUCCGCCAAUCGAAGUUACCUUGUCCUUUAAUUUUCCCCCCCCCCCCCAGCCUGGGCAACAAGUCAAGCUUGUGCACCGAAGUCUUCAGAAGUUUGACAGCUGUUCCGGCCAAGCAUCUUGCUUUUCCGACAUUCGGGUCCCCGUUACUCUCCAAGGUUAUCUUAGAGUUGCAAGUUCUGCUCCCAGGUUCGCUCAACCACACUCGCAGCUGGAGUGGUCAUACUACCAGGCCGGCCCAGCAAAUGACACCAAUCCACUCGUGUUCUUGCACGGGACGAGCAGCACUGCAGCUGCUUUCUUCUACCAGGUGAUGUCUCUCAGUGACAAGGGGUACUGUGUCGUAAGUGCACAGUACCCGGCAUACGCUGGUCCAGAUGAGUGGUGCAAGGGCUUCGACCUCUUCUUGGAUUCUCUGCGGUACCGCGCGGUUCACCUCGUGGGUGCUGGGCUGGGUGGCUUCCUCGCGCAGCACUUCGCCUGCAAGCACCGGAGCCGCGUCAGGUCCCUGGUGCUGUGCAAUUCCUUUGCAUCAACCCAUGCCUUCGCCAUGCGGGCAGGAACGUGGGGAAGUCUCAUCUCCCUCAUGCCGACAGCAUUUCUGCGCCAGGCAAUGCAAGACACGCUGCCGCAGGCUGGGUUCAUGGAGAUGAGAGCGAAGCAAGCUGUUGAUUGGGUUGGGCAGCAGUUAAACGACCUCAGUGGCGACGACUUGGCCAGCAGGUUGAAUCUCAAUGUCAAUGGCAACCAGGUUGGGCCACUACACUUCGAAAACCAUGAGGUAACGGUUCUGGAGUCCAGUGGAGACACAAUGGUGCCAGAAGAAUUGCGACAACAGCUCAAGAUUCUGUACAAGGGUGCCAGCUUUGCCGAACUGAAGUCCAGAGGUGACUUUCCCUACCUGUCGAGACCAGAUGAGGUUACACUUUUUGUGGAGGUUCACAUGCGGCGAUUUGGUGCAUUUGCACAAGGCCGAGCUAUUGCCGCAACCCUUCUCACGAGAAGUUUUCUCACACCUGUCGUGGAUCAGUUACGUUGCCGGUGCUAG